CGCAUAUGUGACUUGUGAAAAGAGUUACAUUUUAUCAAAAUUUAAGUAGUAAUUCUAUUUAAAAAUAUUAUUUAUAUUCGAACAAUGCACAUAAAGAACAAUAAAAGAUAACAAAGAUAAUUUGUGUCAAGUAAAAAGUGUAAGCAAAAAGAUUUCUUUGAUACAAAUGGUUUAUCAACGUGGAAAUCAGAGGGAUGGUUCCCCACAUUAUGUCUUUUUAUAUUCAGAUGAUGAAAAUAGUGAAGAUGAAGAAACUAUUCCUCUGCAACAAUGUAAUAAAUCAUUGCCACGUAAGGUGGAAGUUAUAAAUGUUCCACUGAAAUCAGAAGACACAUUACAAGCAUUGGCAUUACGGUAUAGAUGCACGAUUUCUGAAUUGAAAAGAAUCAACAAGAUUCACAAAGAAAAUGAAAUACAUGCAAGGAGAUUUAUCAAAGUACCUAUACAACCAUUUUCUUUAUUGACUGAAACCUUAGAACAUGAUCAAAAAAAUAAUCAAUUAGACAGAAGAGAAGUAAGUAUAUCUACUCCUGAUGAAAAAACAGAAAAUAUAGUAAUGGCAGAUCCAUUAUUAAAUGUGAUAAAAAAUCCUGUUGUGAUUGAAUUGCCAAAGGCAGAAAUUAAUACAAUUAUAUUAAAUUCUGUUUGUGAACCUUUAUCAUCAUACAACAAUAGUAAUUCUUUAGAAAUUACCAGUUCAGAAUGUGAUCAAUUACUUACCUCAACAGAGAGUAAUACAAAAAACCCUCAUUUAAUAGAAACAUUUAGAUGUUCUGGUGAUGACUGUGGAUUAUCAUGGACACAACUUCUUGGAUUUUCUUUAUUAUUAGGUUUUGCAGGACCUAUUAUAUAUAUACUUUAUAUAAUUGAAUUUUCUUCUAAAAAUCAUUUGGUUAAUAAUCAUUAGCUAUUUUUUUUAAAUAAAAAUAUAUAUUGCUGAUAUAAUAAGUACAAGAUUUAUAAUAACAGUCAUAACAUAAAAACUUACAAUAUUAAUCAGUUAAAGAUGGCUAUAUUUUAUAUGAGUGAGACUAUAUAUAAAUUUGAAAAUUUG